GGCUCCGACCGGCCGGUCUGACCGCCUCAAAGGGGCGUUGGGCGCUGGCGUGGGCCCAGCUGUUGCACACGGCCACAUCCAGAUUUGCGCCACAGAUGGGGCCCGCGGAGGCCUCGUCGCCCGGACCCCACCCCCCACCACCACCACCAACCCGCUCUGCAUGAGAGCUUGGACCAUCGGCGGCUCGCGGAACAGGAACACACGAGGAUAGUCUGAUGGAUUUGUACUGUCACAAACCACACCAAGAUUCACUUGGAGCCGCUGUGGAUCAGGGUUGGUGGUUUGGAUUCCUCGGGUCACAUGGCAAAGUGAAAGGGAUCUCUUAGCUGCUGUCAGUGAGAGUGAAGAGGAGCUGAGAAGGUCCCCCGCUGCUUUUAGAGAGUGAGGAGAAACAGGCUGGAGCUCAGUGGAGGCAGAAAGGCACUCACACACGGCGAGCAGAGCUGGAGCCAUGAGCAGGGCGCUUACGGAGCACAUCAGCACUAGCUUCCGAGAAGAUGCUCCUCGUCCUCCGGUGCCAGGGGAGGAGGGAGAGGCGUCAUGCUGCAACCCCAGCAGACCUACCAAAAUGAGAGCCCAAAGCAAGGUUAAGGAAGCUGCCGCUCCUCCGGGCUCCACACCGCGGAGGAACGAGGAUGGACUCGGGGAGCCGGAGGGCAGUGCAUCCCCGGACUCGCCUCUAGUCCGAUGGGCAAAGUCUCUGCAUUUCCUCCUAGGCGACCAAGACGGUGCUCACCUCUUCAAGACCUUCUUGGAGCGGGAGAACUGCGUUGACACUUUGGACUUCUGGUUCGCCUGCAACGGCUUCAGGCAAAUGGACCUUAAGGAUACCAAAACGCUGCGAGUUGCCAAAGUUAUCUUCAAGCGGUACAUCGACAACAACGGCAUCGUCGCAAAGCAGCUGAAGCCUGCAACCAAGACCUUCAUAAGGGAUAGUAUCAAGAAGCAACAAAUAGACUCGGCCAUGUUCGACCAGGCGCAGACGGAGAUUCAGUCCUACAUGGAGGAGAACGCGUACCAGAUGUUUCUGACCUCUGACAUAUACCUCGACUAUGCGCGCAGCGGCUGCGAGAACGCCGCAUACAUGAACAACAGCGGGCUGGGCAGCCUCAAGCUCAUGUGUGGAUACCUUCCUCCUCUCAUUGAAGAAGAGGAGUGGAGUUGUAACGACCUGAAGGCAAAGACAUUGGGCUCUGUGGUUGGACUGUCCGCAAAGAACCUGAGGGCCACCGCCGCCAUCCGGACAGCUGUUGAAGUCCUGGAGAACAAAUGCAGGUCGCAUCGCCGGGGAGACCCCGCCAGCCCCUACUUUGUCAACUCUGGCUACAUUUUUGCCCCCGCCACCAGUGCCAACGACAGCGAGAUCUCCAGCGAUGCCACGACAGACGACUCCAUGUCGAUGACGGACAGUAGUGUAGAUGGAAUCCCUCCCUACAAGCUGGGCACCAAGAAGCAGCUCCAGCGAGAGAUGCAUCGCAGCGUCAAGAUCAACGGCCAGGUGACGCUGCCGCAUUUUCCGAGGACACACCGACUGCCCAAGGAGAUGACCCCCGUCGAGCCCUCUGCCUUCGCCGCCCAGCUCAUCGCCAAACUGGAGAAGCUGAGGCGAGAGCAGGACACCAUGAGCUCGCUGGAGGAGAGGCUGCAGCAGAUCCAGGAGGAGGAUGAAAAAAAGGAAAGCAGCGACGUCAGCGUCGGCACCUCCCUGCACCACCCUCUGCUCCCAUCUGGCAGCCAUUGUGAGGAAGACCCCCAGGCUAUCCUGGACGAACACCUUUCACGGGUGCUGAAGACGCCGGGCUGCCAGUCGCCUGGCGUGAUUCGGCAUUCGCCGCGCUCGCGCUCUCCGGACCAGACAGGUGCUCUGGUGUCCUCUGGGCACGGGCCCUUCUUCGGGGCAUAUCAUGGGACCACCAAGGUCGUGAUGCCAACGAGCAGGCAGCCCACUAAGCACAUCCACCACCACUAUAUCCACCACCACCACGCUGGGCCCAAGACCAAGGAACAGAUCGAGACCGAAGCGGCUCAGCGCGUGCAGUGCCUCUGCCCUCAAGGGGGCGCCAAUUAUUCCGACUUCAUACCUAAUCGCUGCAGCACUUUGUCCAGGAGGCCGCUCAAGGCCUGUGAAGAGGGCGUGUCCUCGCAAUGCCUUCCCCUGGUUUCCACCGAUCGCUCACAGAAUGUCUGGCAGUGGAUCCUAGAAAGUGAGAGGCAGGGCAAGCACAAGCCACACAGCACUCAAAGUCUCAAAAAGUCCAACCCGCUUGACUCCAAGAUUCCUCCUGUCCGAUCCACCUCCUCCUGGGGUGGAGGCGGCAUCGGCAACGGGGCUCACUUCCGCGGCCAUCACCCGGGUCACCCCUUCAUCCAGGAUCCCGCCAUGCCUCCGUUACCCCCACCUAACACCCUGGCACAGCUGGAGGAGGCCUGUCGCAGACUGGAAGGGGUUUCCAAGCCGCCAAAGCAGAAACAUUCAUCAACAGCCAGCAGCCUUCAGAGGGACAGGAGCCUUCCAGCUGGUGCCCUCCCCAACGGAGGCGGAUCUCAACCCAACCCUUCACUUCAAGGAGACGAGUCUAAAGAGUUGGUGGUCACCUACUUCUUCUGUGGCGAGGAGAUUCCCUACCGCAGCAUGAUGAAGACCCACUGCCUCACCCUGGGUCACUUCAAGGAGCAGCUUAGCAAGAAAGGCAACUACAGGUACUACUUUAAGAAGGCCAGUGACGAGUUUGAGUGCGGAGCAGUGUUCGAGGAGGUGUGGGAGGACGCCGCCGUGCUGCCCAUGUACGAGGGCAAGGUCCUGGGCAAGGUGGAGAGGAUGGACUGAAGGCAGCCGGAGCCCCUCCCUGCCCCCCACCUAAAGCUAAAGCUUCCCUGAAAAAAACGAGCGACAGACUCUAAGAAAAACAACUCUCUUUAUUUUUUUUCCUGUAAUAUUAAGCUAAACAGAGUUAAUAUAUCCAGCACAAGAGGAGCGAUUGAAGGAAGACGAGCCAAUGAAGUAUGCCCAACUCAGAGGAGGCGCCGCCCCUCCCUGACUCUCCACCAAGCAGCCUUAAGAACCUACGCUGAUUUUAAGGACGAUCGGAGGCAAGCGGGGGGGGAGACCCGGCCUCCUGAUAAUAACCACUGAAGGGCGUGGGGGGGGUGACCCAUGCUGCGUUGAAGUGUGAUGGACUGGCAGGUGCUGCGGACGCCAACCUGCUGCAGCAGUGUCGUCCAUACGUGUGCAUAUACAUACAUAUAUGUAUAUAUACAUGUAUUAUCUUGAGUUUUUUUUAAAAAGUAUUUAUUGACACAAAAACACCUUCCCCCUCUUUUCCAAGUCAAACCUGUGAUCCCGCCCCCUUCCUGUUUUUCCAGCCAAUGGGCAAGCUGCUGUGAAUGUUGGGAGAAACCUGUCGCGAUGCUGUUUCAUGUUUGCUCCACAGAUGUUGUCACACUGACUUAACUCCCAUCGCCUUGUUGCCCCGUCUGACCCCCCCCCCCCCCCCCCCCCAUACCUUGUGCGGGUUGUACUUCCUGGUGGGGUGCAGUCCCGGUCUUCUAUGCUGCUGAUAGUUUUACGUUUGCGGCGUCCGCCAGCGCUCCCCUUCUCCCCCUCUGCUCUACGGCAAACGGAGCUCAAUCUUUUCUCGCCGUGCCUUGGUUUGUACAGCAGGCAGCGCGUGGGGACAGAAGGGGGCGGGGCAAGUUACAUAUACGGGCGAGACCUAACGACGGCAGUGUUUACAGCCCACACACCAAAAGAAGGAACGCAAAUCAAGUUCGGGGGAGGACACGACUUCGAUGGGGAGGGGGGACAAGCAAAAACGUGAACAGUGAAGAACUAUGGCUCCAGAAUAGUUUGAAUGUUGUUGCAUUAAGACCGUUUCUAGCAGAGUUUGUGCAGACUUUUUAAUGAUGCAUUCUGAAGUAUGAUGCACACCGUAAACACAAAAAACACGCAACUGCUGGGUUUUUGAGUACAGCACCUGUGCCUACAUGGAUGCCAUACCAUGUGCUACCCUGUUUCAGGGUUUUAAUAUAUAUCCCUUGGUUUUCAGAAGGGUUUUAUGUUGAAAAGAUAUUUUUAUGCUUUUAAUAAUGUCCUGUAAUCAUGUCUUGUUUUUACACCAUUGCCCUUUUUUUUUGUUUAUUCUAUGUAAGCUGUAAAUUAUACAUUAUAUACAGAGUUUCAUUUAAAGAUUUACAUGGACCUAUAAUUAUUGUAAUUAUUGAGAGAUGUAGCCUUUAUUAAAGUUUUAUAUUUUUCAAAUGAAA